CACCCUGGUUGGUUCCAGUGUGACAUCCUGCCUGCCUAAGGGAGGAAUUAUGAACGAGGACCUGAGCUGUAGACAAGUAACACGCAGAAGCCACAAGUUUUUGUAAGAACCAGGUCUACACACAACCCAAGCCAGAGCAAUGGCAUUAUCAUUGGAAGAAUUUGUUCACUCUCUUGACCUGAGGACCCUCCCCAGGGUCCUUGAAAUCCAGUCAGGCAUCUAUUUUGAAGGCUCUGUUUACGAAAUGUUUGGAAAUGAAUGCUGUUUGUCAACAGGAGAAGUGAUUAAAAUCACUGGUCUCAAAAUUAAGAAGAUUAUAGCUGAAAUUUGUGAGAAUAUUGAAGGUUGUGUGUCUCCAGAACCAUUUGAACUGCCUAUGAAUUUUCCAGGUCUCUUUAAGAUUGUGGCUGAUAAAACUCCAUACCUUACUAUGGAAGAAAUUACAAGGACCAUUCAUAUUGGACCCAGUAGACUAGGGCAUCCUUGCUUCUAUCAUCGGAAGGAUAUAAAACUAGAAAGUUUCACCAUAAAACAGGGUGAAAAAAUUAUGCUCAAUUCAGUUGAAGAGAUUGAUGGAGAAAUAAUGGUGAACUGUGGAGUAAUAAGGAAUCAUCAACAUCAUUCAUUUACUUUGCCUUUGGCACAAGAAGGAGAAUUCUACGAGUGUGAAGAUGAACAUAUUUAUACCCUAAAGGAGAUUGUUGAAUGGAAGAUUCCCAAGAACAGAACGAGAACUGUGAGACUUACAGAUUUUUCAAACAAGUGGGACUCCACAAAUCCAUUUCCUAAAGACUUUUAUGGUACUCUGAUUCUCAAGCCUGUUUAUGAGAUUCAAGGUGUGAUGAAAUUUCGAAAAGGUAUAGUCCGCCUUCUCCCCAGUUUAGAUGUUGAAGUCAAAGAUAUUACUGACUCUUAUGAUACAAACUGGUUUCUUCAGCUGUUAUCUACAGAAGAUCUGUUUGAAAUGACCAGCAAAGAGUUUCCUAUAGUGGCUGAAGUCAUAGAAGCACCUCAAGGAAAUCAGCUGUCCAGAAGUGUUUUAAAGCCUGGAAAAACCAUCAUGAUCCACAAAAAGUACCAGGCUUCAAGGAUCUUAGCUUCGGAAAUCAGAAGCAAUUUUCCUAAGAGACACUUUUUGAUCCCCACUAGCUACAAAGGCAAAUUCAAGCGGCGACCUCGGGAGUUCCCAACUGCCUAUGACCUAGAGAUAGCUAAGAGUGAAAAGGAGCCUCUGCACGUGGUGGCCACCAAAGCCUUUCAUCCUCCUCAUGAGGAGCUGUCCUCUGUAUCCGUCGGGGAMCAGUUUCUAGUGCAUCAUUCAGAGACAACUGAAGUCCUCUGUGAGGGAAUAAAAAAAGUGGUGAACGUUCUGGCCUGUGAAAAGAUCCUCAAAAACUCCUAUGAGGCAGCCCUACUCCCUCUGUACAUGGAAGGAGGUUUCGUAGAGGUGAUUCAUGACAAGAAACAGUACCAGAUUUCUGAGCUCUGUAAACAGUUCCGCUUGCCCUUCAAUGUGAAGGUGUCUGUGAGAGAUCUUUCCAUCGAAGAGGACAUUUUGGCAGCUACCCCGGGACUGCAGCUAGAGGAAGGUAUCACAGACUCUUAUCUACUCAUCAGUGACUUUGCCAACCCCAAGGAAUGUUGGGAAAUUCCUGUUGGUCGCUUGAAUAUAACUGUUCAGUUAGUUAGGMAUUUGUCUAGGGACACAGGACCACUUUUAGUCAGGGCUCUGGUGGAAGAGAUUACUGAAGAACAAUAUUACAUGAUGAGGAGAUAUGAAAGUUCUCUCUUGCACCCCCCACCCCGCCCUCCCAAACAUCCUUCAGUGGAGGAGAUGAAGUUUACCCUGCUCAAUUUAGCAGAAGAAAGGACAGUGGAUCUGCCUAAAUCUCCCAAGAGUCACCAUGUAGACGUGUCCAAGAAACUUCACUCAAAUCAAGCUGGCCUGGAUUCAAGAGUACCAGUUGGUUGUCCGAAUGAUUUGGCCAAUGUGGAGAGAGAGAAGAGCAAGCAGGGAUCCCGGCAAUAG